CGCAUUACGUGGGUUCCGUCGCGCUUCCGCUCGGUCUCAAUAUGCGGAACUCCCUGCGGAGCGACGAGGAUGAGGAGGAGGAUGUUGUGAAGGCAGGUUCUGUGACCGACGGAGCGCAGAGGCGGACACGCUCACACGCUCACACACACUCGACACGUUUUCGCUCAUCAUCUUAACGUAUUUAUGCAGCGAGCCCGUUAAGAGGAAGUCGCCUCCUCGUUUCAUCCACACGCUUCCAACGUCACACCGAUGAUAUAGAGAAGGGGAGGCUGGACUGACGUCUCUUUGACCGCGGAGGGGUUCCCAUCCCACCGGGCCCGAUGCGAGCAGGAGGUUUUUGAACUCUCACGAUGACGAUCGAGGAGCUGCCUUUCCACUUCACACCGGAACUCUCCCCAGCUGCGAUGGGAAGGCGCCACUGACUCGAGAGGGAACGUCGGUCCUGGACGCCGUGACGGUCCGAGAUGGAGAAAAAGAAACCGUGCCCUCGCCUCCUGGACUACCUGGUGGUGGUCGGCGCAAGGCAACCGAGCAGCGACAACGUGGCCCAGACGCCGCAGCUCCUCCGCCGCUACCCGCUGGAGGACCACCGCGACUUCCCGCUGCCGCCCGACGUGGUGUUCUUCUGCCAGCCCGAGGGCUGCCUGAGCACACGCCAGCGGCGGGUCAGCCUCCGCGACGACUCCUCCUUCGUCUUCACGCUCACAGACAAGGACUCGGGGAUCACCCGCUACGGGAUCUGCGUCAACUUCUACCGCUCUUUCCAGCGGGGGCACCACCGCGCCCGCGCCGACAAAAGCGGCCACGCGGCCGCGGAGACGGCCAGCGACGGGUCCGACGGCAGCGGGGGAGGCCCCGCCUCCGCGUUCUCGCCGCCUGACGACGCCGACUCGGCGACUCCCCCCGGCUUGUCCGGGGAGGAGGGCGGACGAGCGGGCGCCGAGGCGAACGCCGGCAAGUCCCCGCAGCGCAAGCGGAGCGCCGCCAAGAUGGCGGCCGGGAACCGCAACAGCACGCUCACCUCGCUGUGCGCCAUCAGCCACUACCCCUUCUUCUCCGCCUUCAGGGAGUGCUUGUACAUCCUCAAGAGGCUCGUGGACUGCUGCAGCCAGAGGCUGACGCAGCGGGCCGGGCUCCCCCGCACCACCCAGAGAGACACCAUGUGGCGGGUGUUCACCGGCGUGCUGUCGGUGGAGGAGAAAGGCAGCCAGCUGCUGGCGGACCUGCGGGAGAUCGAGUCCUGGGUGUACCGGUUGCUGCGCUCGCCGGUGCCGGUGGCCGGCCAGCGGCGCGUGGACGUGGAGGUCCUGCCCAACGAACUCAAGCGGGCGCUCACCUUCGCCCUGCCGGACAACUCCCGCUUCUCCAUGGUCGACUUCCCCUUGCACCUGCCCCUGGAGCUGCUGGGCGUGGACGCCUGUCUUCAGGUCCUCAGCUGUGUCCUGCUAGAGCACAAGGUCAUUCUUCAGUCGAGAGACUACAACGCUCUGUCCAUGAGCGUCAUGGCCUUCGUCGCCAUGAUCUACCCUCUGGAGUACAUGUUCCCCGUCAUCCCCUUGCUGCCCACAUGCAUGGCCUCCGCCGAGCAGCUGCUUCUCGCCCCGACCCCCUACAUCAUCGGCGUCCCCGCCAGCUUCUUCCUCUACAAAGCCGACUUCAAAAUGCCCGACGACUUGUGGCUGGUCGACCUCGACAGCAGCAAGGUUAUCGCGCCGACCAACGCGGAGUUCCUCCCCCCUCUUCCGGAGCCUGAAGCGGGCGAGCUCAAGAAGCAUCUGAAGCAGUGUCUGGUCAGGUUGACCGUGAUCACCCAAAAGCAGAUCUUCUCCUCCGACAACAAGGCGUUGGCCAGCAUGAGUUUGAACACCCAACCCAUCCUGAACCUGGAGAAGUUCCAGGAAGGUCACGAGAUGCCGCUGCUCCCGCCGGGACGGGACAAAGCCUCGCCGUCCUCCACGGAGUUCAACCCGCUGAUCUACGGCAACGACGUCGACUCGGUGGACGUGGCCACCAGGGUCGCCAUGGUUCGCUUCUUCAACUCCCCGAAUGUCCUCCAGGGGUUCCAGAUGCACACGCGCACCCUGCGCCUCUUCCCGCGGCCCGUGGUGGCGUUCCAGUGCACCUCCUUCCUGGCGUCCCGGCCGCGGCGCUCCUGCUUCGCCGACAAGCUGUCUCACACGCAGGCGGUGGAGUUCUACGGCGAGUGGGCCCUGAACCCCUCCAACCUGGCCUUCCAGAGGAUCCACAACAAUGUGUUCGACCCCUCCUUGAUCGGAGACAAGCCCAAGUGGUACGCGCACCAGCUGCAGCCGGUGGUCUACAGGGUGUACGAUGGGAGCUCCCAGCUGGUGGAGGCCAUGGCCGGCCCCCUGGAGGACGAGGGCAACGAGUCUGACCCCACGGACAGCGACAGCGAGGCGUACGACGACUCCAGCUCCUCCUACUCCUCGCUGGGAGACCUCGUGAGCGAGAUGAUCCAAGGCGACAUCCAGGGAGACACGCCGAGCUUGGACCCGCCGACCCACGCCGCCCUGGGAGACGCCAGCGAGGUCGAGUUUCAAGACCUCCGCGACUUCAGGGACGGCUCGGGCUCCGAGGGACCCCCGAGCGGGGGGGCGCCAGCCGGACCGCCUCACCGCUCCGCCGCGACCACGAGGUCCAGUCCCAGCAGGGUCCUGCAGGGGCUCCACCAGCAGCAAAAGGAAGCUCCUGAACUCGAAGCCUCCUCCGGAGCCUCCUCACAGAACCACCCGGCCUCCUCCGGGCCGCUCCUCAAGCCCCCGGGGGGGGACGCCGGCGGCGGCCCGGCGGACUCCAACAGAAACCAAGAGUACGACAACCCGUACUUUGAGCCUCAGUACGGCUUCCCCUCGGAGGACGACCCCGACGGCGAGGAGCACGUGGAGUCGUACACGCCGCGAUUCAACCAGAACCUCAACGGCAACAAGGCUCAGCGUCUUCUCCGGCCCUCCAGCCUCCGGCUGCCGGGGGAGGCCGACGGCGAGGCCGACUCCCGCAACAGCUCGCCCAACUCCAGCAGCAACGACGGCUUCGGGGGCCUCAUGUCGUUCGCCAGCAAUCUGUACAAGAACCACGGCACCAGCUUCAGUCUGUCCAACCUGGCGCUUCCCAACAAGGCCGCCAGGGAGAAGACGCCGUUCCCCAGUUUAAAAGAAUAUUUCAAUGUUGACAUUGAGGAGGAAACGCAGCGCGCAGAUGACCCCGAGAGCCCGGGCGCUCGUGCCCCUCGAGCCCUCGUGGACCAGAAGUCUUCGGUGAUCAAGCACAGUCCGACGGUGAAGAGGGACCCCAGGGAGUCUCCCUCCCCCCAGGGCCGGGUCAACAACACCAGUGAGAACCAGCAGUUCCUGAAGGAGGUGGUGCAGAACGUGCUGGACGGCCAGGGGGUCGGCUGGCUCAACAUGAAGAAAGUGCGCCGCCUGCUGGAGAACGAGCAGCUGCGCGUCUUCGUGCUGAGUAAACUGAACCGAGCCAUCCAAUCGGAGGAGGACGCCAGACAGGAGCUCAUACGCGACGUGGAGGUGAGCAGGAAGGUGUACAAAGGCAUGCUGGACAUCUUGAAGUGCACCGUGUCCAGUCUGGAGCACUCCUACACCAACGCGGGCCUCGGGGGGAUGGCCAGCGUCUUCAGCCUCCUGGAGAUCGCACGCACACACUAUCAAACCAAAGACAAGGAAAAGCGUAAGCGAAGCCCCACGGACAGCGCCGACAGCCCGGGGAGCAAAGAGAGCCCCCCCGGGUCCACGGAGACCGGCGCCGCCGCCGCCCCCCCGGGCCUCCUGUACGUGCCCCACCUGCAGCUGCCGCAGCACGCCGUGGGACGCGGCGCUCGCCACUUUGACACGCGGAGUCUGAACGAGGAGAACUUUAUCGCCUCGAUCGAAUUGUGGAGCAAGCACCAGGAUAAGCAAAAAGCUUUGGAAAAACCACAGAGGUCCGACGGCACGAAGCAGCAGCGCCCUCAGCUGGCCGACGCCGAGGAGAAGAAGUCCCAGAUCAGUGCCGACAGCGGCCUCAGUGUCACGUCUGGAUCUCAGAAGAGUGACACCGAGUCGGUAACGAGCUGGGAGCCGCCCAUCCUGACGAGGAGCACCAGCCAGGACUCCGAGGCCAGCACAGUGAUCAGCAACAGCUCUGGAGAGACUCUGGGAGCCGACAGCGACCUGAGCAGCACCGCUGGAGACGGGAUCGGGGGCCGGAGGGCCGCCCACCUCACGCAGUCCAGAGGGACGCUGUCCGACAGCGAGAUCGAAACCAACCCGGCCACCAGCACCGUGUUCGGGAAGCCCCACACCCUGAAACCAAGUGUGAAGGGUCUGACGCCCGCCGCGGCCAAGGGGCCGCCGCCGCCGCCCGUGGAGGACCUCAGCAUGAGGAUCUACCUCUGCGAUGGCCUGCUGGGCCGCGAUAAGAGCUCCGUCUGGGAUCAACUCGAGGACGCUGCCAUGGAAACCUUUUCUCUAAGUAAGGAGCGUUCGACCCUGUGGGACCAGCUGCAGUUCUGGGAGGACGCCUACCUGGACGCCGUGAUGCUGGAGCGUGAGGGCAUGGGCAUGGACCAGGGGCCGCAGGAGAUGAUCGAAAGAUAUCUGUCUCUCUGCGAUCACGACCGCAAGCGCCUGGAGGACGACGAGGACCGACUCCUCACCACGCUGCUGCACAACAUGAUCGCUUUCAUGCUGAUGCUGAAGUUGAACAAAAACGACAUCAAGAAGAAAGUGAGACGCUUGAUGGGGAAGUCCCACAUCGGCCUCUCGUACAGCCAAGAGAUCAACGAGCUGCUGGACAAACUGGCCAACCUGAACGGCCGCGAGCUGUCCAUCAGGCCCAGUGGAAGCCGCCACAUCAAGAAGCAAACGUUUGUCGUGCACGCCGGCACCGACACCACGGGGGACAUCUUCUUCAUGGAGGUGUGCGACGACUGCAUCGUCCUGCGCAGCAACAUCGGCACGGUGUACGAGCGCUGGUGGUACGAGAAGCUCAUCAACAUGACCUACUGCCCCAAGACCAAGGUGCUGUGUCUCUGGAGACGCAACGGCCAGGAGACGCAGCUCAACAAGUUCUAUACCAAAAAGUGUCGUGAGCUCUACUACUGCGUCAAAGACAGCAUGGAGAGAGCUGCCGCCAGACAGCAGAGCAUCAAACCAGGCCCGGAGCUGGGCGGAGAGUUUCCCGUCCAGGACAUGAAGACGGGGGAAGGUGGACUGCUGCAGGUCACGCUGGAAGGAAUCAACCUGAAGUUCAUGCACAGCCAGGUUUUCAUAGAGCUGAGUCACAUUAAAAAGUGCAAUACAGUGAAGGGAGUCUUUGUCCUGGAGGAAUUUGUUCCUGAAACUAAAGAAGUGGUGAUCCACAAGUACAAGACCCCCAUGGCUCAUCAGAUCUGUUACUCCGUCCUCUGCCUCUUCUCCUACGUGGCGGCAGUGAAGGGGAAGGAGACGGAUGGGAAACCCAAGACUCUGUCCCCGAGACCCCUUCCGAGCUAGUCUCCCCCCCCUCAUGCCUCUCUUAAUUGAAACGGCACCUCGGCUCUGAAACCCAGAGACGUCCACUCUCCUGUCAGCACACCUCCCUCCUGUGACCCCCCCCCCCCCCCCCAGGCCUCCGGACCCUUUUCUACAGCGCGUUGCCGUGGUUACUCCGUGGUGUUUGUGUAAAUACUUCCAACCGGCUCGCUAAAUGUUUGCCUGUGACGCCUAUCGUUCCCCACCGCCGAGACCCCGUUUGGGGGAGGGGGGGGGGGGGUCGAGUGCACAGCCUCGACAUUCACUACAGAUUAGCCCCGCCCCCUCCCCUGCCUCCAUUUGAGUUAUUCUGUGAUUAUGUGGUUCCAGUCCGUCCAAGUUUAAACUGGUAAACAGCCAGAGACCCUCCUCUUCCUCCGCCUCUUCAAAGUGUUUGAACCCCAGAGGUUCUGCGUGUUCUCCGAUGUCCCCGCCGGGUUGACAUGACUGUUGUAUCCUGUGAAACGUCUCGUCUGUGUUCUGCUGUUAUCCAUUGCAUGUUACUCUGAGGAUGACAAAUAAAUAUUAUAUAUAUAUAUUUCUAUAUAUAGUAUUUAUUUAAUAUAUACAUAUAUUGACUGUACAAAAAAAAAGAAGAAGUUCCGACCUGUUUGCUAGAUGUGCAAUACUUCUGAGUAGUUCUGUUUCCUUGAGUGGCUCCACAGGGUGAAGGAUGGAUGAGUUGUUGUUUGUUUAUUUUGCUCAACGUACAUAAUGACCAAGUGGAUAUGACGAGUUUGACUGUUUUUAAGAGUUCGUCUUUUUAAAGGUCGCAUGGAAUAGAAAACCGCUGCCGUCUGUGGUGCAAACAAAGAGAAACCCAGCGGCCACCAGGGGGCGCUGUUGGUCCCUAUUAUUAUAUUAAUCCAUCCUUUUUUAAUUUCCGUGUAAAGGAUCAUAUUUCAUGUGGAAUAACAAAUGUGAAAUCCUCAUGUCGAGUUUAGAAAGUACAAACUGUGAGAAUGAGACUCUAAUGCAGAACAUUUUACUUCAAUAAAUACUUAGAAAUAACUAAAUUCCCCAUAAACAAUGCGGCGUAACUCCAUCAGCAGCCAGAUAAAAAGACUAAUUAGUUUUUAACCAUCACAGACUGGAGGAGUUCCUCAGCAGCAGUUUUCUUCCUUGUUUGUUCCGUGAUCGUAAACAACAGCUGUGUGUGUGUGUGUGUGUGUAGAGCAGCAAUAUAUCGGUCCAGUUAUCUCACUGGAAGAAGUUUAUCUUUGAUUCCGACAUGCUUGUGUCUUUAGUGAUUUAACUGUGCAAAGGAAAACAAUCAGUCCGAUAUUCAGAAGGUUCCGUUUCCGCUGAUGAAUAUAUUCUGAAUAAAUAAUAUGCGUAGAAGACCAAACGCCCUCCA